GCUGAGUCAUUUUGGUGACCACCAUGAAAAGAAGUCCAACUUAAAUAAGUUGUAUCUAUUAACAGACUGGGUUUACUGAGUUGUUGUCUUCUACUGGACAAAGCGUAGAAAUAAGGUAUUAUAAACAUAAAGAAAAUGUUUAGCUUAUCAGUUGAAUUUUAAGUGAGUACAACGGAAAGAGAAUAUUGAUAAUGAAUGAUACCUUCUUUCCUCACGCAUACUACCGAGCUGGUACCAGUCUGUUCACCUGCUCGUAACUUUAGGCAUGUCCAGAUCUGUGCACGUAAAACUAACACUGUUGAUUACUUCGGUGUUGCAGACGGCAUUUCCUCAUGAGAAGCAAAAAAGGGCGAAUUGCAUGCUUCUGUUUGCAUUUGCCUAGAGUCCAGUUUUGUUAGUGUUGGUCAGUUCGCAACAGCCUCAUACGUUAGAGAAUGUAGCGGCUGUUGGCAGCGGAACAAAACACUUUUUCUUUGCUAAUUCAAGAUUAUUCUUAGAUUUUUAUCAUUGUUAGUAAUAGUUUAUUCUUGCAGGGAGUGAAUUUCGGAAAGGUCUAUUCUAUUACCGGAUGGUUUCAGAGUUGCUUCUUUUCGCGUAGAUUCGGAGUGACCAAGUUCUGGACGGCGAAGUUGUUUGUGUUGUUGUUGUUAGCGAGGCCCAAUAGCCACACACAUGUCGUGCUUUGAACAAUUUUUGCUAUGUGAGCGAGAAACACAACGGAGCACAAACACAACCGUGAUAGCUGAAGAAUGCCCCUCGUAUAGCCUCGGUUCAGGCUGACAGCGAAUGAAAAACUAACGCAUUACAGGGCGUUUAAUCAGCUGUGAUAUGCUGCUGCCGUGAAGCCUACUGAAGAGGCUACCAUUCUUUCAUACCAUGAAGACAGGGGAUACGAGCACAGCGCACGCGAUUGUGAAUAUUUGCACCCAGUAGUUUACAUAAAGGACGGUACAGAGUAGCUGUACAUUGUUGAACACAAAGCCGAGGGAGUGCUGAGAAGAAUGGACAACCUGAAACUCAUCCGAACAUCACUGAUGUUACUGUUGGGUCUGUGUCACUGCCUGCCAGGUGUUUUUUCACUACCUGGUAAGCAGACUAGUUACCCAUAUCCGUAUUACUUCCAAAAUUGCAUAUUUCUUAUUUUCCUCUUUCUUCUUGUGUAUAUAUUUUGCUUUGAAAGAAGCUAACCUUACUGAGGUUGUAAAAACAUUGUGACACCUAAUUAAGAAUAUUUUCCUAAGUAUUUUUUAAUAUAGUAUUUGUCAUGAAACAAGAUUCUUCUUCUAAAUGCUCUAAUAUUUUCUUUAACGUGACAGGAAGUUAAUCUUUAGACAAACAAAGCAAGUAAUUUAGAUUUAGACUCUUGAAAUUCUCGAAAGUGUAAAUUCGUUCGACUAAUAGUUCCUUAACUUAAAAUUAAGAAACUAUACAUGUAUGUUGUUGUUAGAUUAAACAGGAACAUUUUUAUUCCUUCUUGAAAUUCUUCAUACACGAAAAUGUCUCGACGGGUUAAGUAAGUGCAGUAAAACAGGAAAAAACAAGUGGUAGUGUGAACUUUGAAACAGUCAAACCUGUAUCAGCGGCCACCUUUGUAUAGGUCUAAUUUAUUGUCCUGGAGAAAGGCACAGAAUUUCAAAAACACAGAAGAAUUGAACAAGAAGUUUUGGUAUGAAACUCUACCCUGUUGGUCGGGAAUCAUUGAUUAAAUAUUGCACAGUGAUUAAGAAAAAAACAUUUUAGUUGUGAGACUGUGAUAGUAUAUACUUGCGAGGAAAGUGCAUCUAAAUGUAACCAUAAGGUGCAGGUACAAGAGAGGUUUUUUUAGCUUUAGAUAGUGCACAGUGAUUGAGAAAAAAAACGGCCAUAGUUCUGUCAAGAAUCGCCCGUCGAACUCUAUUCCUCAUACGUGAUGCUAGUUGCAUACAUACCUCCAUGAAACAUUAAUAGAAAGACUGUUACUUGCAGGUGGCUGGGUGGAGACCGACCCGACAUGGGUGACACCGGACCUAUGGGAGGGGGGUGACGGACUCCGAUGGGAUGCCGGGUAUGUCUUGGACUCCAACAUCCAGACGGCUUGGAGACGUGGAGACGAGGACGCCACUUGGCAGCUGACUUUUGAUUUGCAGAGGUCCCUGACGCUCUCCAGAAUUCGCAUUUGGUCUAUGCGUGAACUCUUCGUACAUGGCCAUAACAUGGACGCUACAGUCAUGGUUAUGACAGGACAACAAUGGACCACUGUGGCACACAACACUCACUUCAGGGGUGACAAAGAUUUGUCUAACACACUCUAUCUGAAAGAAAUGGACCUGACUGGACUCCUCACCACAGGACAGCUUUGGCGCCUGGAGUUUCCGAAUGAGUAUCGUAGACCAAUCGGUGAGGUCAAGUUUUUCCAAGCUUGCUCCGGAGUUGAGAGGACGGUGUGUACAGAUGAUAACUGUGACGUCUAUGAGGUGGUCUGUGACGGCAUAGUGGACUGUGACGAUGGGAGCGAUGAAGAAAACUGCGAUAAAGAGAUCUGUCCGAGUGGAGUCGCCAUCAACAAGACAGAAGUGUGUGACGGUACAGACGACUGUGGAGACAAUACAGACGAGCAGAACUGCUGCGAUCGGCAAGGUAGACUGGCCUGCAGCAAUGGACAGUGUAUAGAUUCACAGAAAAUGUGUGCCGAAACUCACAUCCCCUGCUUUGGUGAACCGAAAGGACAAUAUGCUAGAUGUGACGACGUGGAGGAUUGUUGGGAUGGCAGUGACGAGUCCUGCUCACCCUCUGCCUGUGACAAUGGAGCCAUGUUCCACCAGCUGUCUCGGUGUGACGGCAGAAACGACUGUGGGGACAACAGUGACGAGCAGAACUGUGUCUGUUACUAUACACAUGACAGAGGGACAAGCUACCGGGGCCUUGCAAACCGGGACAACACCUGUCAGUUCUGGACAUCUCAGUACCCCCACGCCCAUAACCACACUCCACAGGCCUACCCAUCGGCAGGGCUGGAGAGGAACUACUGCCGGAACCCGGACGGGAAGGACAGGCCGUGGUGCUACACAAACAACCCGCUCAUCAGGUGGAUGUACUGCGAUGAUGUCUUCGCCUGUGAUGCUCCACCGACGCGAUGCUUCUACGCAGUGGACAAGGGAAGGAGUUACGUAGGGCACACUAACAGGGCAGGGGACCGGGUGUGUCAGAGAUGGGACUCCCAGUCCCCCCACAGCCAUCCCCACACACCACAGGCUCAUCCUGAUGCAGGCCUGGAGGAGAACUUCUGCCGUAACCCUGACAACAAGCAGCGGCCCUGGUGCUACACCACGGAUGAGUCGCAGAGGUGGGACUACUGUGACGUCAUGGAAUGUGCUGGUAAGAGAGCUUGAGAAUACCUGUAGGUCUGAUCUUUUCUCGUUACUCAAAUUAUGGUGAAAGAUAACUAAGAAUGUAUC